AUGGCCGAGUCAGAAGAAGUCGUGGAACCGCUGCACCUUGAGCUAGAGGACCGCGAGGUUUAUCUUGCCAAGAUCCCGACUGCACUCGGUGCGUCGUGGAAGAAUGUGCAAGAGAGUGAGAUGAUGCUGGGAUCGAUUAAAUUGGAGAAGAAGAGCGUUCUUGGCCGUCGAAAGGGAAUGCUAACGGUGAAUCCGAGUACACUAGAGGAUGAGAUUCCGACUGAGUACCGUGUCGAGAUUAGCGAGACGCCAUUGAAGCUCAAGGUGUUUUCACUGGAUGGUUCCGGUCGUAUGGCUGUGGAAGGUACGGUAAAGAACAGCUGCACCAUUAUGGCUCAGCACAACGACCAGUACAACAAAAUGUGCAAGCAGAGGCUGAUCAAGUCUAUGGUCAAGACGAGAAUCGUUCAGCCGCUGGAGGACUUGCCCCGUGUAAAGAAGGCAAGGAUUCAGUUCACUAUUGACAAGCCUGAUCCAGACGCCGAGGAGGGUGACGAUGAUUCAAAGAUGCAGGACAGGUUGGACAAGAAGAUCAAGAUGAGCAAGGAUGAGCUAAAGAAUCUCGUGUUUCAUCACUUUGAGGAGCGCGAGUACUGGCCGCUUAAGGAGCUAAAUUAUCAUUGUCGUCAACCUGAGUCGUUCUUGAAGGAAGUGCUUAAGGAGAUUUGCGUGUACCACCGCAAGGGCCCCAACAAGAGCUGCUAUGAGCUGAAGCCUCAAUACAAGGACGGUGUCUCGUCGAACGCAUAA